UGAGUGGGCGCGCUCUCCGGGCGUGGGGUGCGCUCUGAGGGGCGCGGCCGCGGGGCAGACCCUCAGGCCGGGCGAGGACCUGACGCUUCCCUUCCCCGCCCCCUUUUGUGUUUCCCCGCAGACCGGCCGGUCCCUGGGGGAGCCGCGGCCACCCCCGCGCCCGGGGGUCGUUCCCUCGCCUCCUCCGGGCGGCGGGAAGGAAGCGGCGGCGGCCGGAGCCGGGGCGGGCGGCCUGAGGUGAGAGCCCGGCCGGCUGGCCCCACUGGGAAUAUGGCGACCGGUGGCUACCGGACCGGCGGCGGCGGCGGCGGCAGCACCACAGACUUCCUGGAGGAGUGGAAGGCGAAGCGCGAGAAGAUGCGCGCCAAGCAGAACCCCCCCGCGCCCGGCGGGGGCACCGGCGACGCGGCCGGGAAGCUCCCUCCGGGGUCUCUGGGCACCUCGGCCGCCGCGGCGGCCAACGAGCUCAACAACAACCUCCCGGGCGGCGCCGCCGCACCUGCCGCCCCCGGUCCGGGGGGCGUGAACUGCGCGGUGGGCCCCGCGCCGCUGAGCCGCGCGGCCCCGGGCUCCCGGCGGCCCGAGGACGAGUCCCCCGCCGCCCCCACCGCCGCCGCUUCGGGGGCAGCGCCGGCCCGGGGCGACGAGGAGGAGCGGGACGGCGCCCCGGAGAAGGGCAAGAGCUCGGGCCCCAGCGCCAGGAAAGGCAAGGGACAGAUCGAGAAGAGGAAGCUGCGGGAGAAGCGGCGCUCCACCGGCGUGGUCAACAUCCCAGCCGCAGAGUGCUUAGAUGAAUAUGAAGAUGACGAAGCUGGGCAGAAAGAGCGGAAACGAGAAGAUGCAAUUACACAACAGAACACGAUGCAGAAUGAGGCUGCAAGCUUAUUAGAUCCAGGCAGUUCCUAUCUGCUGCAAGAACCAUCUAGAACAGUUACAGGCAGAUAUAAGAGCACAACCACUGCCUCUGAAGAAGAUGUCUCAAGUAGAUAUCCCCGAACAGAUAGAAGUGGGUUCAGCAGAUAUAACAGGGAUGUAAGUGCUUCAGGUAAUUUGGUCUCAAGUAGCACAUUGGAAAAGAAAAUUGAAGAUCUUGAAAAGGAAGUGGUAAGAGAAAGGCAAGAAAACUUAAGACUUGUGAGACUAAUGCAAGAUAAAGAGGAAAUGAUCGGAAAACUCAAAGAAGAAAUUGAUUUGUUAAAUAGAGACCUAGAUGACAUAGAAGAUGAAAAUGAACAACUAAAGCAGGAGAAUAAAACUCUUUUGAAAGUUGUUGGGCAGCUAACAAGGUAGAAGAUUCAAGGCUCAGUGUGGAAAAAAAUAUUUUAAAACUACUGAUCGAAUGUUAUGGUUAACACUAGGACAAUAUUCCUAUGCAAGUAUGUAUAUUUAUUUCUAGAAAACAGUGGAUGUUUAUUUUCAAAAUAUUUCUUUUUCAUUAUCAGUUUCAAAAAAAAAUCAACCAUUUAUUUCACAAAGAAGUAACCACUUUUAGUUAUUAAACUUGUAGGUUUAUGCCUCUUUUGGUUUUGUGUGGUAUUCAAGUAAUACAUAGUUUAAAGUCACAACCAUUUGAAUAUAUUUCAUCUAUGGGAAUGCAUUUUCUCCCUAAGAGAAUAUACAUAGUCUUUGUUUACAUAAAUUCAAGUACUUUUUGGGGCGUUACCUGCAAAUGCCUUAUUACUGAUAUGUGCAACCUUUUAUUCAUAAAGGUCUUUGUCUACAGUCUGUUCUUUCAACUUAUUCUAAGCAAUUUAGAGGAAUAUAGAGUCAAGCUAUUUUGUAUAACAGUCAUCUUUAAAAAGGAAAACUACUAUAAAAUGUCACUUAAUAUCAUGUACUAGUUGGCUAAAUAUAAAAUUUAAGAGAAUACUUGAAUUGUGCUAUCGUAAAUUAAAAUGUAGUAUUUUGUUUUCAAGUACUGAAAAAAAUUUAAGUCACUUUGACUUCUAAAAGACAUACAGUUGUACUUCUAAAGUAAAAUUUCUUAUGUAGGUACUCUUUUUAUUAUUCCAAGGUUUAUAAGUGAACAUGGGGUAUUUUAAAAGGUGUUUUAUUCAUGAAGCCUAGAGAGUGUACAAUUUCAGCAUAUAAGAAAAAAUCCACAUUUUAAAUUAUCAUACGCAUUAAAACCAAAAGGAAACUAUUUAUCCACACAAAACAUUUAUACUUACAUUAACAAUACAUUACAUAAACAGAAAUCAUACUGAAAUACUUUGCUUAAUUUCUAACUUGGAGAGUAACACUGUAAUGCAGUUGUUCUCAUGUGGAGAAUUAUGCCCCUACCUCAAAUUUAAGGGAUUUUCUUCCUAACAUUGGAUUUUUUAAAAACAGAAUUAUUUUGAAGAAUUAUGCAGAUUUUCUCUUCUAUUAGAUAUCAUUAGUGUUUAGAGUUGUUUUGUAUUACAUUUUCAUGUUGAGUAAGAAAGCCCUCUCCUUUAAAAUACAUUAAGAAAUGUCAGCCUUGAUAGUGUACUAAUGCCCUUUUAUCCAAUUAAUGUAUGUAAAUGUCUUGAACAUAGUAAAAUCCAUUUUGGGUCCCCUUCUGACUCUUUCUUUUACUUGCUAAGCCCCUUCAUUAUUUGUUUUAUUAGAAAGAUAGGGAAGGUAAGACAGUUAGAAAAAGCACAGAGUAAAUGCUGAAUUUUAAUACUCUCUGCAAUAACCUAGGUGUCCCGUCCCGUGCCCCUGCCCCUGCCCACCCCGCUUCAGAAGUUUCAACCUUGGCUGAUCAUCAGAAUCACUUGGGUUGUUUAAGAAUUAUCAGGUUAUAGCUUCUAGAUUGGUUUAGAUUGAGACCUUGGAUAGAAUUUUUAAACCUUGCAUCUGAAGAUUUUGGUCAUAACCUAGAUUGGGAAACAGCUACCCUUGCCACUUUCUUCCUAUAUCUUCUGUUGGAGACCUUGGAAUUAACAUAGUUUUAGCUACCAGCACUUUUUAACCUCUUGGUUUAUUUAAUAAUUAACUUGGUCUCUGGAGAAGUUCACAUAUGUCAAUAUAUGUAUUUACCAAAAAGUUCAAUGUUAAAUUACCAAGCUCGAUAUAGUUGUGGAAUUACUGCAUUAGGACAUCUUUUUUGGAGAAUAGUCCCAGCAUGGUAACAGUGAUUUGUUGCCCAGGUGUUGCAGUGGUGUUCCAGGCUCAGGCAGCGCCUUUGGCUGUGUGGUCCUCAUUUCCCUUGGAUAAUUUACCCUUAAUUGUGUGGCAGAAGUACUGGUAUUGCCUAGCUUCCCAACCACAGUUUGGAUGUUGUGAAAAUGCUGUUAGUAUCCAACCUUAAAAUAUAUUAGUAUACUGAUUUUUCAAUAAAAGAAGUAUUUUGAAUUUUCUGUUUAAUCCAUUUGUAACUAAAGGAAUAUUUCAAUUCCCCGUUUAAAAUUAUACCAGCUAUUAAGGCUUUUAAAGACUGAGCUCUUUUAAAGUUUUUCCUCUAUUUCAGUUUAUCAGGAACAUUUCCAACAGUGACCUUAUACAUAACAGUACCUAGUGCAAAUAGAGAAGCCCGACAAUUGAGGCAAAGUAGUUCACGUGCAGUCCUCUCUCCCAUGCUUAAAAUGUAUAUUUGUAUCACUUAAUGAUUUUUUACACCGAAUAUUGAAAAAUAAAGUAGGAUCUGCUACAAUUUCCCUUUAAAAUUUAUAAAAAGCAUUGAAAUUUUAAAAAGGUUACUUAAGUACAUGUACACUACCUUAAAAAACUUGGGCUAUUGUCAGUAAAGUACUAGUAUUUGUGAAAUUAUUAGUCCCAUUCAGAAAUAAUAUUUCUUAUAUUUCCUGGGAAUUUGUGGCAUAAUAAAGCAUAUCCAAAUAUCCAGAGUUCUAAUGUGUUUAUGAUGUUAUUUUCAAAACAAUAAGUUUUUAUCUUUAAAAUGAAUGUGACUUGCCUCCUUGAUUUCUGAUAUGCAUUAACUUGGAUAUUACUGAAGAAAUAAUCUCUAUUUCAUCUUUCUAGAAUUAUUAGUUUUAUUGCACUACAGUUACCUUUAGAGAGGAAGAAGAAGGCAUUAGAGUGUAUAUUUCUAAAGGAAUUUACUAAAUAUAGUAGAUUAGCUCUGUCAUACUUGCUCAAGUAGUUUAAUACAUAGAAAAUUAUCGGGGCAGUUACAUGAAGCAAUGUAUUCUUAAGGUGAAAAACCUACCUCAAUUACACGUGGUUUAUGUUUUCUGGAUUAAUCUGGAUUUUUAUAAUUAGAAAUUAAAAUGCAGGUUUUUGAGUCCAUUAAUAAUAUGUUGUUGAAAAUAAUGCAAGUCAAUGUAAUAACAUGUUCAUAUGUUCAAACACCAGAAGAUAAAAUAGGAAGAACCUUGGGUUUGAUAAUUAAUCUGAUGUCCCAGACAAUAUUCAUAUGUACAUUGGUUGUCAUAUUUCAUCUUUUUUUGUAGUUUUUUAUCUUGACUCAGUGCCUAGUAAGUUCCAUGCAGUGUUGGCACUUACUUAAUACCUGUUCUUGAUGUUGUCAAUAACCUGUUCUAAGAUUCAUGCAUAUAUUUUCAUCUUGUAAUAUAAAAAACCAAACACACUAGCUUUUCAUUGGGGGAAAUAUAUUAAAUGAGAAGGAACUAGCAUUAAAAUAACAUGUUAAAGUCAGUGAUAAACAUUGUCUCAUUCUGUCUGAACCAUUCCUAACUUGUAACAGUAAACUUGACUUUUUUGCAUUGGAACUGUGCUCUCAUAAAUAAAGGACACCCUAUUGAUUAGGAUUAUAAUUUGUAUGACUUACCUUAGGACUAGUGACACUUUGUUGUUGUUGUUUCAGUAAGCUGAAAAUAUGGUACCAAUAGCAAACAUUUUACUCGUCAGGUGCAUAUACAAAGGCACUCUCCACCAUGCUGUCAAGUUUUCUCUUUAAUAUAUCAAAGUUGGUUGUUUCCUUCCCAGUAUAAAGACUCAAACCAUUGCCCAAGAAAACCUCAGCCCACAUUUUUUUUUUUAAUUUUACUUAGCUAGAAUCUAACAGCACACUAAAGUUGUCUCCCCAUACUUCCCCCACCCCCAAAACAAUUAUGUGUGAGUAUGUGAGAGAAACAUGGCUGAGGGGGUUAUGUUAAAUUUUCAUACUUAUUCUUUCAGCAAGUAACUGGUCAUACAAUUAUAGAUAUUACAGAAGUUUUAAAAAAUGUCCAUGGAUCAGCCCUUCCAUCUGUCAGUGUACAGUGUGUGUAGUGUGUGUCAGUGCUGUCUUCAGCAGCAUUAGCCAGUCUACUCUGAAUAGUUCAUUCAAAAGUAUUUUCUGUAUUAGUUAUCCAGCCAUUGUAUUUUAGGUCUGAUUAAUAGGUACUAUUUAAUUUGCUGCAGUGUUUACUGAAUGGUGGAUGAAAGACUGGAUGCAUAUUGGGAAGCAUCUUACCGUGUUUCCUUUAGGUAAUUAUGUAUUAUGAAAAGAACGUUUUAAAGGAAUUUGUCACAGUAAUGAAGUAAAAAGAAUUCAACGUAUGUCAGCUGUACCAAACUGUUGAUGGUGUUCAAAAGUGAUUUUAAGUUAGUUUUUCUGUAUACAUUAUUGAUUACUGGUUUGUUUUUAGAUGUUUAAGUCUAAUGAACAGUUCACAUAUUGGCAGUCACUUUGGUAAUAAUAGAAUGUUAGUGAUGAUCACUUGAUGGAUGUUUUUGUGUGCCUGUUUUGUUUUGUUUCUGCCUCUGGAUACCUAAUAGAUGUAUAUUAUUUUUUUUGUGUGAACUUGUUUCUUGAAAGAUCUGACUGUGCUAUUCAGGGUUUUUAUUAUUAUGCUUUCCUUCUAAAUUUAAGUAUCAGAUGGUGGCUGCUACCAGCAAAGACCAUAUGAAAACUGAAAUUGACUGUUUUGUUAAAAAAAUCAGCUAAUUCAGGUAAUCCAAAUAUUUGUAGAGAAAAAUCUGGAUAAUUUAUUGAUCACAUUAGUAUUGUGUAGACAGCUUUCAUAAUCCCCAUUGCGUAGGCUUUCACUGGGGUAGUCAACUUGAUAUGGAUUCACUUUUAAUAUGCUUUGCAUGUAAAAUAAAAAUACUCAAUAAAAAAGUAAAUUUUCAUUUAA